GCAAAAUGUUAUGUUUGCAAUAUUUCAUCGCAUUCCACAUCUGAAAAGUAUUUGGAACACUUUCGAGGAGGUGUUGAUUUGGAAGUGCGGGGGCGCAUGGGAAGUAGCAAGAAGCCGGUGGAUGACUUCCACUUACAAUAGAGAACCUCGAAGCCGUCUAACCCCGGCCGAUCACUGACAUGAUUCCAGCGCGUGGGGCGGGUGAGCAAACCUGAAAUUGUCUUACGACUUCUCUUCCGGGGGUGGUCUUACACAGCACAAGCGAAGUAUCUUCGAGUUGCACGUCUCGAAAAGUGCUCGUUCUCAGGUGAGAAGAUUACCUCCAGUUGUUGCCAAAAGUGAAGUCUCUGUCUGCUCAUAGAAUUUGAUCUCUUCUUGGGCGUGCCGACGUCCAAAGCAGUCGGUAGCUCGUGAUGUUUGGCGUUGAAAGUUGACCUGACACAUUGACGAGCUCGUUGCUCACCGCUCAUCUUUGUGUCUCGGUCUACGGGUGGAAUCCGGACGCAAAAGCCGAAAAAUCCGCAUGCAUCUCGUCAUCUCAGUUUCUGAUGACUAGCCAUGGAGAUCUGGACUCUUCUUCUACUCGCUCAAGAAACAUACAAGAAACUAUUCUUCGUGGAAUACUCAGCAGUAUCGUAUUACCGCACUACGCUGUAUCCCACACCGUCUGGCCUGAAGGACACUACCUGACUCCAUCGACUGUUCGAGAUUUCUCAGAAGUGGAAGAGCAGGCAGGCAUUUAAGCGUAUCAUGCACAGGACUCGGGAGGCCAAAAUUCCUUGUCCUAUUUUACAGCGAGCUUGGUUUAGUUCUGCAUAUUUUUUUGGCAUCGGUGAGUUUCAUUCGUUCGAUCACAUCAUAAAGAGAGCUGAAAGAUGGCUUCAAAUGCUUUACCCAAUGCUAGGGCUGGGUUCCCGGCGCUUGACGCGGACGGACCUCGAAGAUUAUAAAGUGGAAUUGGUGUGCAUGCCAAUAACAUACCCACCAACUCAGAGUUCGUAGGAUGGAUGUGGGUCACUCCUGAAGAUUGCAACAGUCUUCUUUAUCAUGAGUCCAAGAUGCCGGCGAUUUCACGUCUCCUGCCUAGAGUUCCAUCUCUUCACUGUACUCUGUGGACCAUUUGCACCGGAUUACCGCCCGGCAAGCCAUCAGACAUACGCAUGCACCACGGUAGAUCUGCCUCUUGAUGUAGGUCAGGCCAUCUUGAUGACAGAUCUAGAUCGACAGCACGAAGGAAGUUCGAAACUGCAGAGAGUGGAUAUUGACCACCGGUGGAUGAGUGCACAUGGGCCAACAAGGCCGAAACCUCAAUGUCCAGAGCUAGACUCUUCUUUUACAUCAAGCGUCGAGUUUUCCGUGCUGGAUAGAUGCUUCCAGACUUCUAGGCUUUAGGCACAUGAGGCAACUCUGGAUGUUCCUCGGUGCACAAGGCCGGGGUUUUCCAUGCUCUUCUCAUGAAUGUAGACUCACACGCAUACACAGCAAUGAUGUCCAAUAAAUACGAAUCCCCAUACUCGUACCGCGCUUUCGUUCACUGCAAGAUUUCAUGUGUCCCGCGGUACUCCAUGACCCCUAGUCAUGCAAAUGGCGAACAGCUUUACAAUCGCAUCAUUCUGUGACAACCCGAAGACUGGAUAUGACAUGCAGGAGGUCCUCCAUUCUGGCGCUCCGAGUCGGGCCAAAGAAAGAGCUGCCUCUGCUGAGCAGGAUCAUGCGCUUGGAGAUUUGGACCUGUGGAGGUUUUCUCUCCUUCACUUUGGCAGAACGUCCCGUACGAGGUGACAAAUCACCUGCACCGCCAAUGCCUCCAUCGACCCUUGACAGACAUUCGGAUUGGCUUGUACUCCUUGGAUUGGCAUAGUCAUAACCUACUCCUGAGUAAAUGUACAACUUCGAGGUUGGCUUAUUCGAGGCACUCAAGCCGCUGUUGCCAGUAAUUGUACAGUUGAGGUUAUCAAGGUCAUAGGCCUCGUAGAAUUCUCAAUCGUAAUGAUGGAGGAUCAAAAAUAUGUAUGGAAAGUACAUAAAUCUUUCAUUUAUUUUAUGUCCCUUAACAGACCUCAUUUAAUUAUACAUGGUAGUGUGCGUGUGCAGCGUUGGCUCGAGCCGAGUCCGAUCCACGCUCUGAGCUCAAACAGUGCAGGGUAAAGGGCGCAUGCUGAGCUGUGUAGUGAAACUGAAGACCUGGGGUGUCCCAUAUUGUCCCAUAUGCACAAUGAGCUCAUGCUAUCCGAAGGGAUGAUACUCUAGGUUCUUCUUGGCCUCGGCCAAAAGCUGCCACGAAUAGACGAAUAGUAGGAGAUAUAUGAAACCUCCGCAACUGUUGGUCUGCUUUUCGAACAAGAAUCUAAUGUACUUGUUUAUAUGGUAGGAAUCUAAGUCUGCUACCCCAAGGUAUAGUUGUCUUUUCGCUAUGUGGAGCCUGUGUGAUCAAAAGAGGACCCACUUUUAUCGACGAUGACUACUCGAUCUGAUCACAUUCCUCCAUUUUCCACUCGAUUGAGCUCUAUGCUAGAGUAACACCGGGACCAGACUCACUCUUCGUCCAACGGUUCGCUUGUCUCUUUUAUUGCAGCGUGAGCGGUACCAGAUCAUCAUUCUAUCUAUGCCUUCCAACCGUGAUCGAUGCAAUGAGUUCUUCCAGUCAGUGCACUCAACCCAUCUCGGGAUCCCAGUCCAUUUGUUCAGAUUUCUCAGAAAUUUUUAACUUCCACGCAUGAUCAGACCUACCAUCUUCGACUGCCUAGUUGCUGGCAAGGGAAAGUGAACUCCAGACACUUAUCACUAGGCAUAUGCUGGAUGGGACAGUGAGGUCAGCUACUGCAACUCAUGAAGUUUUUCUAUGUGCACGAAACUACCAUCGAAAUUCC